AUGACUUCGCAGAAAUCCACAUCAAUAAAGUUGUUGGCUCUAUGCCUUCUUUUUUUGAAUGUAUCAAUAGUUUCUUCGCAGGCUGUUGCUGCCGACUCUAACGGAAGUAUGGAUCAAUACCCAGAUGAUGAUUCGGAUUCAUCUUCUGCACUCCCAAAGAUAAACGGAGAAACUUCAACUAAAACUGAUAAAACUAAGACUGAAACAAAAACAUCAAAUACCGUUGUUGCCCAAAGUACCCUAUCCGAGGAUGAGGAAACAGAUACUUCCGCAACUGUUGAAGUGGUUGCAACUUCGCAAGCUUUUGCACGUUCUGCAAAUGAGGAAUCAGUCGCUGUGGAGACAGCCACCAAAAAGGUUACUACAAAUACCGAAGUUUCCGAAACAUCCAUUGCUACUGCCGGUGCCUCAGAUGCUGUUUCAGCCCCCCAGAAGCAAAGUACAACUGUGUGGUGGACUCCCGAAUCCACGCAAUGGUGGACACCUUCUUCUACUUUGAACGCUGAAUCUGGCACUGCAGUUACUUUGGGAUCAACUAAGCUUUCCAAAAUCGAAACUGAGACAACAUCAAAAGCCGCAAAAGCUACCUUAGCCAGUACAACAGUGACAUCAAACACUGCAUCUGCAACUGGAACUUGUGGUGCUGAGUGGGCUCAAUGUGGAGGAGAAGAUUUCACGGGUAAAACAUGCUGUCAGUCAGGUCUUAAGUGUGUUUCAGCAAAUAGUUGGUGGGCCAGAUGUGUCUCUGAGUCCACUAUGAAUACAGCAUCUAGUUUGAAGACCGUUUCUGGUAGUGUUGUUUCUGCAACCGGCUCAGAUGCUGAUUCCGCCGUUGAAACUGCUUCUGGUUCUGAUUCUUCGUCUGGUACUAUCUCCACAAGUGUGACAUCUUCCCUAGUUUCCACAACUUAUGAUACUACAUAUGUUACAACGGUCACACUUUCAGACAGCUCUUAUCAAAGUACAGUUUCUUCCCAUGUUACCACUUAUGCGUACAAGGCUGUGAGCUCUGUUGUUACCGUUAACGGUGCCGCUGCAAAUAUUCCUAUUGCCAUUUUCGGAAACACCCAGUUGAGCACUAAGGUGCUUAUUUACGCUGCUUUGGGAUUCUGUCUCUAUGUCGCCGGAAUUUAA